CUGAAGCUGGUGGUGUAGUCUGAGACCCACGAUGGGGACAAUACAUCAGGUUCUUUGCAUUUUUCUUGGGCGUUUUAUUGCUGCUAUCUCUUUGGGAUAUGAAGAUGCUAUGUUUCCCCAUGAUUUUGAAAGUUUUUUGGAAAACGACAAGCUUUUUCCAUUUGAGAGAAAUAUUGAUUUCCUUCCGUUUGACAACAUCUUCAGCUCCUGGCGAACCUGGGCCCCUGACUUUAGCAUGCUUGCUGAAUUCCCUCCAACUAUGAAUGUUCCCAGAGUCCAGGUGUUUUGUGAUGAAUCUAAGCUAACUCUGUUGGUUGAUAAGAAAUCCUCUGGCCUCACACUGACUAAAGAGGAAAUGCAGCUAGGUAAUGGAUGCUAUAGCAACAAGGAACUACCAAAUCAAUUUGCCUUUGUUUAUGAUUUGGAUCAGUGUGGAACUACACUUGUGCUUCAGAAUGGUUUGCAGGCAUUCACCAACUCACUCCACUUGAACCUCAAGAAAACUACCCCCACUUGGUGGCAAGCUCUCACCACAGUGUACAUCUACUGUAUACCAAAGAGGCUAAACAAAAAUGCAGACUUUGCCCCAACACCUGCAGUGAAUGCUUUGAGCUUCAAUAUCCAAGCUAUGGAUCCAUCUUGGACCAAUGCAGCAGAAUCUAACAUCUAUAAAAGAGGCAAUAUGAUCCACCUCCAGGUUUCAGCCCAAAUUGGGCCAUAUCAGCAGCUUUUUAUCCAUUCCUGCUUUGUGUCUGCAUCUCCUGAGCCUCAUACUAGACCCAGGCAUGCAGUCGUACUAAACAAAGGGUGUUCAUCCUCAUUGGGUUCCCCUCAUACUGUUGCUCAGUUUGCUGCCUCCAACAGAGCAGAUGUAGUUAAUUUAAUGUUGAAUACAUCAAAUCUGAUUUCUGAGCUGUAUAUCCACUGUAACCUGGUUGUUUCAGAUGAGGGAGUCACCUCUGUCUCUAAAUCCUGCAACUAUGAUGUGAUCCAGUCAAGAUGGGAAGACUUGAGUGGUGAUGUUGAGGUCUGUGGCUGCUGUAGCUCAAAGUGUAAAGGCCCAUCAGUAAAGAACCUUCCUGAAGAUUUUAGGGGAAUGGUCAAUAUUGGUCCCCUGGAAAUCGUGGACAACAUUGAGACAAGUCCUGCACUACCAGACUUGGAAACUCAAAUUUCUAACACUCGACCCAAUUCUGUGCAGUCAGUUACUCCUGAGCCUGUUGAAGAUGUGACUCUUUUUGAUUCUUCUGUAUCAAGCAAGCUUCCAGCUUCCCCACAGGGUGUAGUUCUUGUAAGACAAGACCCAGAUGCCAGACUGACACUCUGGCUACCUGGACAGGUGCAGGCAGAACUAGGCAAUGACAUAAUUUCCCAGUCUGAAGAUGGCUCAUUGAAUCAAGUAAUGCAAAGUGACGACACAAGUUAUCCUGAGACUCAUCUGAAUUAUCUCCAAAAUGAGAUUAAUGGCAAAGCUGUGAAAGACUAUAAAAGCGUUUCUCUGGAUAUGAAUAUACUUCCAGUAGCUGAAUGGCCACCUCAAUACCAUGCAGCUUUUGGAGAGGGAUUUCAAAGAAAAAGCAGGCUUGUCAGAUCUGGGGACUCUGAUGCAGAGGGUGCACAAGCGGACCCCUCUCUUCCAACUGAGAUUAGUAUAAAUCUCAUGUUGGUUAAGAAGCCAAAACCAAUCAUACUGGACAGCAAUAUUGUAACAGAAGAAUCCCAAAAAUGGAUGCCAGUUGAAAUGGAUUUAAAUGACCUCAAGCAGAGUGACUUUAAUCCAGUAAAAGAUGAGCAACCGCAAAUGCAGAUGGAUACACCAGUGAUGGAGGAGCAAGUUGCCCAACCAGUAAUUCGUUCUAAACUGGAGUUUUCCAAAAGUGUGGAUGGCUCACAGACGCUGAGUUAUGAGGAAGAAGUGAAACGUGAUGGAAAAGGUGUGCUGGGAAGAUGUGAAAGGGAUGCUACCUGUGGAAAACGGGAAACUAGAAUGAAGGGGCUGCGCUCAACUUUCCUGUAUUUGUUGAGGAGGAUGAAUAAAGCAGAAUGAUUGGACCUUCAUGUGUAUUUCAGUGGUUAAAAUAAACUUGAACAAAA